UAUUCAGCCUACAGAGCUGUGCGUGCUGAAACAAAUACUGAGGAAUACUUUGUGUACAUUUUGGCCCCUCAGAGUCGCUUCGGUGUUUAAUGUCAGCAGAGGUUUUCAACGAUAUUCCUAAUUGCACGGCUGUACGGGAGCGCCGUUUGAUGUCUACAUGCAACGUUGAUCCCUUUAGGUUGCACAGAGAUGAGGGUCAGUCAUGCGCCGUGGCCUUUUUAAAAUAUGACACGAGAAAACCCAAAGCAUAUGUCAAAAGGGGAGAGAGUGGAGGCGCAAAGUUAUGGCGUGUGUUUGUUUCUCGUGUCGGGAAGCAACAAAUCUUUCUUAUCGCUUGCAAGUGGGGGUUUCCAUGUAUGCGGAGGCAGUUAAGCUAGAAAUUACCCCCCUUUUAAGAUAUUCUUCUGCAAACUUUGACACUGAAAUGUAGCUAUGUGAAGGAUGAGACAUAAAAGUUAAUUUCUUUAGCAUAUAUGCGCCUAAAGCCUAAAUUGCUUGUGCGCAAUUGGCAAAAAAAGAAACCUUUUGGCCUGUCCGGUGCAAAGCCUUAAUGCAAAUCAAAUGAGCUUACAACUUGAAAUGUAAAUAUAUAUAAUAAAUUAUUUACUUAAAAUAACAAUUUAAUGCGGAAUGGUCGUUACACACACGUACAGUUAAAAUAAAAUCAUCUAUAUUUUUAAAAUUGACAGAAGAAUUUAAUCUGGCAUGGGUACAAUCCCUCCAUUUAUUUUCAAACUGCAUGAGCAGGCGGAUUCUUUCCGCAGGUUAAACAUUUGUCUCUUGAUGGCCUUCAUUUUCAGCAAAACAUCCUCCCGUGAAGGAUUUCUUUUUUUGGCGUGUUUUUGCAAAGUGUAGCACUCAAGUGCUUGAUGCGUAAAGAUGAAUAAAAAAAAACAAAACACGGGCGACAAGUGAGAAUAAAUGUGUGACAAUCCUCGAGCGCGUGGACAUACAAUUUACAUACAAAAACAUCAGCUCGGCCAAAUUACAUUACUCAAAACCAAUCAUUCAUUUCCUCCCAUUUCCUUAAUGAUGCCAUUUAAAAGGUUGAGAUGAAGGGUGGUGUAGUGGAGCGUAAAGCCACCCAAAUACAGGUUUUCCAACUUUUUUGUUUUCAUAGUAAAACGUGGAUAUUUAGUUUAGAUGGAAAGAUUUAAUAUUAGUCAUAAAAACACGAGCAAAAGACAACAUAGAGUAAUUAUACGCGGGGUUUUAGUUGCACAAGUUCAUGCGCUUUUCUCUAUAUAUUAAUAUUUUUUCAGGUUUUAAUUCGGUGUGAUGGUCACCCAGCUGGAGCUUUUUACGCAACUUUUUUGAUUUAUUUAGCGCCACAUCAGCGUUGGAAAUGUGAAGAUCUGAUCCAAAAUGAUGAUAUUGCACUAUACUUACCUUAUCUGUCUCAAUAACAAACGCAUUCAUGGUGGUAUAUCCCCAGCUUUGCUUUCUGAUGGGGAGAGAGCAGGACGAGGAGGAGGACAAGGGGGAGGAAGGGGGAGGAGGAGGAGGAGGAGGAGAGGGGGGGGGAUCUCUGUAGACUUGUCAUGUCAAACUUUCUAACCAAUAGCGACGCGGUUCUGCACAAUCUCGAAACUCUAUUGGAGAGUCCAGCCAAUCAGCAGGGGAGAAUCGUUGGAAGACCAGCCUCCUUAUUUCAGCAGAUAGAAAUGUAAGCCUGUAGCCAGCACCGUCAGGAAACAGAUCGAGAAUUUAGUUCCUCUUGUUCCUUAUCGCGCAAGAAGAUUUUCUUGGACGCGGUUUUGGACAGUGGACACGCUGGACGCGGAGCAGGAUCCACGCAGGAGGCACAACCAGGACUCCGUAUUCUUCUUUUGCGGCUUUAACGCGAUGGAGCCAGCCUUCGGUGAGGUGAACCAACUCGGCGGUGUUUUCGUGAACGGCAGACCGCUCCCCAACGCAAUCCGGCUCCGGAUAGUGGAGCUGGCCCAACUCGGAAUUCGACCCUGUGACAUCAGCAGGCAGCUGCGCGUCUCCCACGGGUGCGUCAGCAAGAUCUUGGCCCGCUACAACGAGACCGGCUCCAUCCUCCCGGGGGCCAUCGGAGGCAGCAAGCCGCGGGUCACCACACCCACCGUGGUCAAGCACAUACGGACAUACAAGCAGAGAGACCCGGGGAUUUUUGCCUGGGAGAUCCGGGACAGACUACUCGCCGACGGUGUUUGCGACAAGUUCAACCUGCCGUCCGUCAGCUCCAUCAGUCGGAUCCUCCGCAACAAGAUCGGGAAUCUGUCGCAGCAGAGCCAGUAUGAGUCGGGCAAGCAGGCGCCUCACCCACCGCCACAGCCAACGUUACCAUACAACCACUUAUACUCAUACCCGACGUCCAAAGUGCCCACUCCCCCCGGCAUGCCCACCCUUCCCGGACACAUGGCCAUGCACAGGAUAUGGCCUUCCUCGCACUCUGUGACAGAUAUUCUGGGGAUACGGUCUAUUACAGAGCAACAAAUUAGUGACAGUCCAUCCUUUUCCAGCGCCAAACUAGAGGAAUGGAGCGCUAUAAACAGGACUAAUUUCCCACCAGCAAGUUCUCCACUAGUCAAUGGCGUGGAUAAACCGCAUUUAGAACCUGAAGCAAAAUACACACAGACGCCGAAUGGAUUGCCCACAGUGAACAGCUAUGUCACAGCGCCCAGCAUCCCUCCCUACCACCCUCCCACCCAAGUGUCACCCUACAUGGGGUACAGCGCCACCACGUCGGCCUAUGUGACCGGUCCCACAUGGCAGCCGGCCAGUGGCAGUGCUCUAUCUCCCCACAGCUGUGACAUCGCCACCCCUCUGGCCGUCAAAAGCAUGACGGCCAACCGUGACGCCAUUCACCCAGUCAUCGCCUCGGCACUGUGAGGUCAGCUCCAGAGACUGAU